AAUUGUGUUACUGUACUGUUUUAUAAGCUAUAAUCAUUCGAGUACGUAUUCGGAUAACGCUCUGUACUGUCAGUACAUGCUUAUGCGACAAAUACGGAGGUUAGUUCUGAACAGAGAAAAUCACUUAAUCAUUUCGGCAUCUUUUAUUUCCUUUGUGUCUCGGUUCUUUUCAGCAAUACAUCUCGUAAACAGAAUAUGAUUAACGGGUACCUCUAGGAAUUGCUUUGUUUAUAAGUUAAGAAUGAUGGCCAUUAAUUUUACUCCGUUAUUUCACGCGGCUAAUUCGCUUUUUAUAGUAACAACGAUCUCAACUAUAAUAGCGUCUUUGACAUCAUGAUGUAACGAUGUCAAACCGACUUCUAGAAAUUGCUUUAUUUUAUCAUUACAUCUGAAGUUUUUAGUUUUGUCUUAAUGCGGUGGGUCGUUUAAAUGUCACUAUAGGCGCUCAUUGUAAUGAAAAUGUUCUCCUUGAAAACAACGCACGGACCGUAACUGAAAUGUACACGAAAGGCCGUACACGAAGAUAUAUUGCCUUGCAAACCGCACUUUUACACUUCACUUAAACUGUUGCUUUUUUUCCCUCAGACAUGUCGGCCGGAUCUCUGUAUACAUCAUUCAUAUUUUAUAAGCAAAAACUCGGCCGCCAAAAUAACCUAUUAUGACAAAUCCAGAUCUCUUGGCGUUUGUUGUGCUGCAGGAGGGCGGGCUUCUUUCUAAAACACAAAAACUACCUGAAACGCCAUUGUACAACGCCAGCAAGGACAAAUCCGAUUGGCUCUUCAUAAAAAUUUUAACAGCUGGUAAUUCAACUGGUAGACCUCAAGGGACGUAAAGUUUAUGAGAAAUCGGUUCUUACACUAGAAUACACACACAAUCUUCAUUUCGCUCGCUCGCGAGAGUGAAAGAAGGUGUGCCAAAUAUCGUUUACUCGCACUCGCGGACUUUCACCUCCGUGAAGGAAAAAAAAACAUGGAGAAUCGUGUUGUCACGAGUGAGACUACGAGUCGCAGGACUAUGUCUAUGGUGGAAAGUUACAGUUCAGUGUCAUCCUCUUACAACACGAAUAGUGAACCUUUGGCAGUCUUGGGCGAAGAUGUUACCAUGAAACAGCUUGCUACAGCCAGAGAAACGUUCAGCGACUUGGAAACUGCUUAUCGAAAGUUCAAGUUGGAACUGGAAAACGUGAAAGAGGAGCAUCGAAAUGAGGUCGAUAAGUUACGUUCACAAAUCGACAAUCUUCAAAAACAGAAAGCUCAUCUGCAGGAACAGUUGAAAGAUUCUCGCACUGACGCGAAAAAACACCAGGACGAGCUAAUCCGCGUUCAGCGAAAGUUGACCGAGAAGGAAUGGGAGUACGAUGCAUUGCAAAAGGAUUUCGACUUGCAAAGAGAAAUUAUUCGAAAACUGCGAGAGGAGAAAGCUUCUCUUGAAAAGGAAAACGACGAUCUGAGGCGAGAACUGUCCUCCAGCCAAGCGCUGGUGCCGUCGUCUGGAGGAAGGAAAGAUGAGAGCGACGAACUCGUGGCUGUACGACAGGAGAUUACGGAAUGGGAAACAAGCUAUAAAUUCAUUCACAAAGAAAAGGAAGAUUUACAGGAAGAAAUGUUGUCUCUCCAGAAUAAGCUGAAUGAUUUGCAAGCAGAUCACGACAAAACUCAGAGGGAAAUGCAAAAAGAGCUCAAGAUCAACUCGAUGAAGGCGUCCAAACUCGAAGCGCAGAUGCAAAAUUCUGUCCGACAGAGGGACAACUUUAAGAACCAGUUGGAAGGGCUGAGAGAAGACUACAAGAAGGGUAAGGAGGCGUAUAAUCUCCUGCAGCGCGAUUUCUUGGAGAGCCAAAAGAAGGCAGACAUCUACCGCGAAGAAUUCACCGCAAAGAACAAUCAGCUACAGAAACUGGAGAAUUCCAAUAAGGCUCUUCAGGGGAAACUAGACGCCCUAAAGCAAGACUUCUCAAAGAAUCAACUCUCCUCUGACAUCUAUGAUAGGCAGAAAGAAGCUCUGGAGCGUGACCUUCACGAGGCUGAGUGGAAAAUUAAUGAUCUAGUGGAAGCUAAUGAGGGUUUGUCGACACAAAGAGAUGAAAUGGAGAAAGAGCUGGCUCUGGUGAAAGCGCGCAUCCCCACUUUAGAAAAUAACUGUGAAAAGGCCAAUGAGAAAGCCAGUGAAAAUGAACAACACGUCAACCGUCUUCGUCAGCGAAUCGGUGACCUGGAGACUAAUUUGUUUUCCCUCCAAAACAAGAAUGUCCAGCUGGAAACAAAUUGUCAGGAGUCCAUGGCGGAAGCACAGGAUCUCCAGAACCGGUGCGAACGGGCGAAUGAGCGCGUCGCAGAAUUAGAAUCUCAGGUGGAUCUCCUCGGGCGAGAAAAUGAAGACUUGAAGAGUCAGCUGGGACAUUCAGAGCGAAGAAUUUCUGAACUACGAGCAUCCUUGCAGCGAAACGAACAGGAGAACGAGGAGCUUGAAGUUUCCACUGCCGGAAUGAAGACCCAUUUGUCGAAGCUAGGCAGUCAACUGGACAAUAUUAGCAAGAGCAAAGCCCAGUUGAAGUCAGAGCUUGACGAAGAAAAGAGCAAAAUUGCCAGACUGCGCAAAGAUCUGGUCACAUCUCAAGCAUCCGCGGCUGAGUUUCAGCGGACUUCAGAGUGGUAUAAGAGAGAGGCGGCCUCCAAAGAUCGGACAAUAGACGAUCUCAGAGCCAACAUAGCAGCCAUGGAAGGAAAGAGCGAGCCAUUGUACGAAGAAAUCAACAAGCUUCAAACGCACAUGGAAAUCCUUGAAGAAGAGAAGAAAAGUCUCCACGGGGAAACGCUACAGUUCCAAAAAGCCCUCCGCGAGGUCGAGGCUGAUUUGGGUCUGGCCAAUGAAGAUAAAGAUCGCCUGAACGACGAGCUUCAAGAGUAUUACAAGAAGUCAUCUGAGCUUCAGGCCUCUUACAAGGUGUGUGAUCAAGAGCGAAUGGAAAACCAUCAACAAGUUUUGAUGCUUACCAAAAAGGUGGAACGCUUAGAGGCUGACUUGGCCGAGGCACUCAAAGAGAAGAACUGGUUGGAGACCGAGCUUGCUAACUACACCGGAAACAACCGCAAGAAUGUCGAGGAAGCGGACAUUGUCAAGACGCAGUUAGUAGAGGUGCAAAGCAUGAUGGAUGAUUAUCGCCGUGACGGAGCAGACAAGGAAUCCACUAUUGAGCAGCUUCGCGAGCAAGUCCUUUUCCUGACGAAAGAUUACGAUGAUCUCAAAGGAGAGCUCAACUACAACAAGUCGCUCGUGGACGACGUGGAAAGUGAUAAGCGGCGACUUCUAGAACAAGUCACAGCGUUAAGCGAGGAGUUAACCAGAGUUAAUUCAUUGCACGAUUCAGCCAAAAGAAGAGGUGACCAACUUGAAGUCGAUCACAGCAUUGUAGUCAAGAAGAUGAAUACCCUGGAAGCAACCUACAAGAAAGACAUUGACAAGAACGCGCGACGUGAGCUGGAGAUUGAGCGCAACAGAAAUGGAGAACUGGAGCGAGAUUUGUAUGCUUACCGUAAGAAGAUCGCGGAGACUGAAGCAGAAUUGCAAGCGGUAACGAAAGACAACCAAGAACUAGAAGAAGAGUUAGAUGAGGCAGAAGGAAGGAUAGGUAUACAGAACCAAGAGAUCGAAAGACUGACGCACGAUAAUACCGACUUGAGCCAGAGGCUUACCUCUGUGGACCAAAAGUUAAAAGAGAUGGACAACGAAGUGACAACUGCCAUGAGGCUUAAAGAUAAAGCAGAAGAAGACCUUUAUAACGCAAGAACCCGGGCAAAUAAACUCGAGUCCCAGGCGGAAAUUCUCCAGCGGCAAAAGCUACAGUUGAAAGAUCAGCUGGACGAAGUGAACGGCAAGCUGAUUCAGUGCCAAGAACAGAUCAUGAUCCUCGAAAGUCAGGUGCUGGAGAACAAGAAGAUCAACGAAACUAUGAACAAGGUGGUCGGAAAGAAAGACAAAGGUAUUGAAGAUCUUAACAGCGAGCUUAGACAACUGGAAAGAGAUUUCGAUAACACUAAACAAGAUCUGAUCACUGCCAGGGUAAACUGCGAGGGGUUGGACGCUGAAAAGAAAGAUUUGGAAAGAAGACUGGCUUCCGCUCAAGGCCGCGUCGACAAUUUGGAAAAGGAACUGAAUAACCACAGGGAUGGGCGAGGCGCUUUGGAGCAAGAGAUCAGCACCUACACUUUCAAGAUUACGUCUAUGGAGACGCAGCUUAUCAACACCACUAAAGACAAAGAUCAUUUCAAGAACGAGUACGACAAGCAACUGGCCGCCAACAGAAAAGUGAAAGAGGAAAUGCUGAACAUACAGAACCAGGUUCGGGAAAAGGAAAGAGCACUGGAAGGCCUAAAGAAAGAUCUUCGCGACAAAGAAAACGCACUUGACAGGUUGAGAACGACAAAAGCUGGACUUGAGAACGAGUUGCUACAGGCCAAGAAAGAUCUUGAAACUUACAAGUGGAGGAACGAAAAUUUGGAAGACAAUGUGACAAAUCUCACUGAACAGAUCCAAAACUCAAACAUUGAAAUAUCCAAGAUGGAAAUUACCUUGUCCACGCUGGAAAAAGAAAAGGAAGACAGGGAUAAGAGUAUCGUCCCAAGCGAGGAUAAAUAUCAUGAGGUGGAAGCCAUGUUGAGGCAAACCCAAGAUCGAGAGAAUUCUUUAAAACAAGAGCUGCAAUUGCAGAAGGCGAGAGUAAACAAAGCAGAGGGCGAAUUCAAAAGGGUUCAGCAACAGAGUAUCGAACUACAACACGAGAUCAACAUGCUAAACAGAAAAAUUCACGAUACAGAAGAGAGCAGAAACAGGGCUGACCGCGAGAAGAAAGCACUGAAAGAUGAACUCAUGACCGCCAGUGGCAAAGUGUCGGAUUUGGAAGUGAAGUUUGAGCAUGAGUACCGUGAGAAGCUUUCUCUUCAGGCACAGCUGGAAGAUGCCAACAACAGAUCGGCAGCUAAUCGCGAGGAGGUUCUUAAGGUUGAACAGCAGCUUAUCGAGCAAAAACUAACUGUGGAUAUACUCAACAAAGACAUCGCCCAAAAGGAAGAUCACAUCGAUCAACUUAAGGCAAGCAAAAAGUAUCUCGAAGAACAGGUUCAGUCGCUAAAAGGAAGCUUGAACAGCAGCCGAGAAGAUUGUCAGCGACUGAAGCAGGAACAAGAACACCUACAGAAAGAGAUUCUACGACUGCAAGGUGGUGUUCAAGACGCUGAGGGCCGCAUACAGAAAACAGCUUACGAACGAGAUCGCGUUCAAGAGGAAACCCGCGCAACUGUUAUGAAAAUUUCAAAUCUUGAACAACAAUUGGCUGAUUCUAACAGAGAAAAAGAUUCUCUUAAAGACAAGUUAGAAGAGUGGAAAGACUCGUCAGCACGAUACCGAGAAGAAAACAUUUCCUUGGAAAACGAGAUCUCAUCACUCAAGGCAACUAUUGACACCCUUACCGCGGAUGUAGAGAGCAAAAACAGGCAGAUAGAAGAUCUGAAGCAAAGAAAAGCUAUAAUAGAGGAUGAACUAGAAGAAACCAAGAGGAUUCUUCGACGCAAAGAUGUCGACCACGGUAACUUGACAACAAAAAAGAAAGAGGUUGAAGAAUCAUACAAUAUUGCUGUUCAAAGAAUCGAGACACUGGAAAGCAAUCCUUUCGGUUCCGACGAAGAACGAAGGUUUCUUGAAGAAGAUUUGGCUGUCACGAAACGAAAGCUCACAGAAACUGAAGUUGCUCUUAGAGGAAGUAAUGACCGUGAGAAGGAUCUCCAAGAGAAGUUGCUUGCUGUUCAUUCACAGUUGUCAAGACUGGAGUCGAGCAGAGAAACCCUGCAAGAAAAGAAGGUAGAACUAGAGCACGACUUAUACGCCACACAGAAAGAGUUAGCGCCUUUGAAGGAGGGCUACGAGAACGCGAUGAAUGAAAUAGAUGCUUUGAAUCGCGAUCUAAAUGAGGCAAACACAAAGAUCACCCAACUGGAGUUGCUACUGGAUAAAGAACAAAAAGCGAGGUCCAAAAUGGAACUUGAGAAAGAGGGCGAGCUUUCCAAGCUUAGCAAGAACGAUGAAGAGCUUCUCCGAGUGCAAAGAAAGCUGGUUGAGUAUCAGACAUUGUGGGACCAGCACGCUAAGGAAGUUGGUGGAAAGGAUGCCCUCAUUCAAGAUUUGAGGAACGAGAGGAAGACUUUGGACAGAAACUUACAAGUUGCACGUGACGAACUGUCAAGCAUGCACGGUUCCAUCAACGAUGCCUUGAGAAAAAAAGAUGUGAGUGACAGCGACGCGUUUGCAUUAAAGAAGCAGAUGGCAGAUUGUGAAUUGAGGCUGAAAUCUACCCUGCUUGAGAACGAGGAAAUGCACAACGAUUUAAUCAGUUACAGCAACAAGAUGGCUGACUUAGAGGAAGACAUCCAGAAACUGUUGAAAGAUAAUGCUAACAUGAAGGCAGAGUUACAUGACGCUCGAGACAACAUGGCGAGAAGGAAGGAAGAUUAUGAUGUCCUGCUAAGGAAAAACAAUGAUUACAAAAACACCUUGGAAUCACUACGAAAUGAAAUAGUGGAUAAGAAUGCGCAAAUCGACUUCUUGAAGUCAGCAAACAGCUCCCUGGAAGGUGAAAUUACUUCACUGAGGACGAAGAUCGACCAUUUUAAACAAGACUUCGACAAAGGAUAUCAGGAAAUCACGGAACUUAACGUUGUCAUUCGAGAGAAAGACUCUAAAAUUAACAAUUUGGAAAACACCUUGAGGUCAGUGCGUCGAGACAACGACAAGCUAUCACAAGAGAUUGCAGCAUGCCGAGCGUCGACUACCGAAUACAAGAAUUAUUAUCAAGGGGCGAAGAAAGACGUUGAAAAACUUCAGAUGGAUUUGUUGGCAGCAAACAACAGGAUUUCUCACUUGGAGACACGCAAUGAAGCUUUAGAAGACGAGCGAAACGACCUGAAGAGCGAGAUUGCACACUUGAAGAAAGUCAACGCCGAGCUGAAAGGCAAGGUAGAAGCCUUGGAUCGUGACAAGAAGAAACUGCAGAACGAGUUUAACGUUAUCCAAAAGAAGUAUCAAGAAAUCCAUAGCAGCUACAUCAGCAUCGAGAGCGAGAAGGCAAGGAUCAAAGGCGACGCCGCACUGCAGAAGAAACUCGUCGAUCUCCAGUCGCAGCUGCAGCAGGUUUGUCAAGAAAAGGAGGAUACCGAAAACCAGCUAGAUUUGAUCAGGAAGAGGCUUUCCAAGAUGGAACAAGACUUCGGCGAGUGCAACCGUGCAAAGGAAUCGUUAGAGUACGAAGUCAGCUGGCGUACCAACCGCCUCAGAGAAUUAGAAGACGUUAUAAAGACCAUGGAAGAAAAAGAUCAGUUUGGGAAAGACGAGAUUUUGUCCUGGCACAAGAAAGUCACUUUGCUGGAGCAAGAACUACAAGCUGCUAAAAACAAAAUCGCUCGGUUGGAGGCAUUUAACAAAGCAUAUGACGAUAAGAUUCACGCAUUGAACGAUGACCUGGUUGAAGGACAAGAGGUAUUAGCAAAAACUGAAGCUGCCCUAGCCAACGCCCAACAUGCUCUCGACGAUAAACAGCGAGAACUUAUGGAUAGCUACAAGAAGACCUCCGAGUUACAAACAGCUCUUGAUGCAGCCGUUCAAAGUAAAAACGAUGCUCAAAGAGACCUUCAAGGAGCUAAAGCCAGGAUUCAUUCACUGGAAGAAGAGCUUCAGGAAGAGCUCAAACGACAAGCUCAGCUAAGGGGUACAUUAGAAGAAAUGAGGGCACGUAAUGAAGAACUAAAGGAUGAGAUUACCCGGCUUCAAAAGAAGUUGCUGGAACUUCAACAAGAGGUGGAUGAAUUGCAGCGAGAGCUGUCGGAGAAAGCCUACACUGCGGAUCGUUUGAAGGACGAUUACGAGGCACUACUGAGUGAAUUGAAUGUCACUAAAACGGAUCUCACAACAACAAGAUCUGAUCUAGAGAGAGCCUUAGCCGACAAACGAGAGCUGCAGUACGAAAACCAAAAACUACAGCUACAAAAUUCAGAGCUUGAUACUUCGUAUUCGCUACUAAAAGACGAAAACGAGAGACUGAAGUCUGAAGUACAAGGAUUGCAAAUACAGCUCUCUGAACUCCAGUUGACUUACAACACACUGCAGAGGAAUAGCAUAAAUGUGGUGGACCAAAGCACUCUUGACGCUGCACCAGAAAACGACUUUGAAAUCGACGCUUUACGAGGUGAAUGCGAUCGUCUGGCUCGUGAGGUGUCGGGAUUGAAUCGGAAGAUUGUGACAUGGAAAGACAAAUGUGAAGGUCUGGAACAAGAGAAGCUCCGUUUAGAAGACAAAUUCUCGUCAAUGCAGAAAACCAUUAACAAUCUCGAGGGAACAAACCAAAGCCUGAUCUCAGAAAGGAAUCGACUACAAAAUGAUAUUGACAGAUUACAGAAGAAGCUCGUCGAACUUGAAGCUCAGUUAAGUAGUGCCGAGAAUGAAAAGCGCACUCUCCAUGACGAUCUGGAAGAUACUCAAAAGAAGCUCUUGAAACUAGAGGCGGAUUACCAAUUGCUUAAGGGACGGAACACACCUUCCAGUGGAUGGAGUUCAUCGUCAGAGGCAGCUUUACGAAGGAGCAAAGAACGGGAAAAUGAGUUGCAAAAUGAGGUUCUGGAGGCGCACAAGAAGAAUUCAACUCUAGAGCAUGAGUUAAGAUCAGCACGCGAGCGACUGGAAACGCUCCAGGCUACAUGCAACGCUGCGGAAGAUAAGGCGUCACAGCUGAGAGAAGAAGUCAUCGUUUACCAGAAGCGAAUCUCAGAGUUGCAGGCCAGCUACGAAAGCAGCCGAGAUAGGAAUUCGCAACUCGAGCAAAAAAUAUUUGACUUGCAAAAGAAAAUGGAAGAACUUGGUGACAACAAGAAAACAAGCCAGAAAGACAGGUCCGACUUGGAAUAUGAAAUCAACUCGCUCCGUUCAACGAUCGGGAGGUUAGAGUCCCAAUUAGCAGACGCAAGCAGGGAGAAAGACAGCCUCAAGCUUCAGCUUGUUGAAUCCCACAACAAGAGCGACGAAGCCUCAAAGGAAGUUACUCGACAAGUAACUGAGAUCCACACGAGGAGUGAAGUCUUCAGACGAGAAAUCAUUGAAAAGGAGACUGUUAUCGAGCAGUUCCGGACAAGGGUCAUUACUUUGGAUAAGGAGCUAGACGCUCUGAGACGCGAUUUGCAGAACAAGACAGACGAAUGUAACGUGCUUCAACGAGAAAAUGACCAACUGAAGUUUGAACUUGGUCAACAGAAGCAAUCCAGAUAUGCAAGUGAAGACGGGCUUCGAGAAGCAAUUGAAUCACUCAAGCUGAAAUACGACGAAAUUGAGAGCGAAAAAGAUGCACUGCGAAGAGAAAGGAACAAUCUUCAAUACGAGCUUCGCUCGGUGAGAGAGCAACUCGAUAGUGUGGAGACGGUGUACAAAGACAGUACUGAUGGAUUGCAACAGGCUAACAGCGACCUGGUCUCCCACCAAGUUAGGAUAUCCGAACUAGAGAGUGAGCUGCAGAGAUCAGCAAAGGACAGUCACAGCCAACAGCAUCAGCUUGAUAAGGCCAACAGGGAGAUCAUAACCAAACAGGAGCAGAUCAUCCGGUUCGAGAAGGAUCUGCGGACGCUAAAGACAGAGCUAGAGCUGAUGAAGAAGAGCUGUGACGAGAAGGACGACAAGAUUGGCGUGCUGGACCGGAAAUGCGUCACACUAGAACUUGAAAUCGAAAGACUGAAAAAGGAACUGUUCAUUGCCCAGGAAGAUCAACAGCGAAGCGAAAGAAGGCUGAAGGACCUCCAAGCCAGAUCAGAGAUUGCUAGAGCAGAAGUCAAACCCACAUACGAGACGAGCUUUGAAGUACGACGCAGCCGAAAAUCGUCCGAUAAUAAUGUCCAAAUUCAAGGACGUGGGAGGAAGACUUCGACACUAGCCAUGGAGAUUGGAAGUGGAAGUAAGCCGUUAAGCCAGCCUGGAUCACCUCGAACAGAGGGUGCCCCAAUGUCUCGUAAAGUAUCGGCACCCGUGACUCAGAGCAGCCCUCGUUUUGACACCCUUUCACGCCCUCUCUCACAAGAAUACAUCAGGCCAGAAAGAGAUAUAAGUGCAACAUUUGAAGAACCAGUGAUAGAGGUGCGAGCGAGGCCCGUGGAAGACGACCCCGUUCCAGACGACGUUUUCUCCACAGAUGGACCAGUGGUUGUCAGGUCCUUUGAAGGAAAUCAGCUGGCAAAUGGCAUGACCUCGUUUGUGCUUGCUCGUUCCAGUUCACGAGUCAGCGAGAGCCGUAGCGAGUCAACGAGUGAGCGAAGAAGUACCUCGCGCGGUCCUAUGGGAGGGCGGAAAUUUAGCGAGGAAGUCGAAGUGAACCAGAAGACCGUAACGAGCAUGGUAAGCACUCACAGCGUCUCGGAGGACCUGGCCAUAGCUGAGGGCAAAAUAACCACACCUCUAAGUGGUUACGGCAGCAGCAGUAGCAGAAGCUGGGAUAGGAAUUCAAACUACUAUCUUUAAUUCAUAGCUUUCCUAUUGACACAAGGAUACAAAUGGAGCGAUUUUCUAAUGACAGUCGUUAAUCUAACAUCGCAACGUAACCAUUGCAGAGAACAAGGCGGGAAAUUAUGUCACAAUGAACCAAUCAGAACUCGGAACCAAAACAUGCCACCAAUGCAAAGCGCGGGAAAAGUGUCACACUUUAAAGCACGCGUGACAUGAACUGCCUAACUGAAAAGACUUCAUACUCUGCUCUCAUCAGUUACAUGUCGUUGCGUGAACAACAGUCACUGGGAAAUCGCUAAAAAAUCAGAUCUUAAGGAAUUGGCUCAAGAUGCGAUAGGCAUUUUGAAACUAUAAAUGUAUAGAUAUCAAAGGUCAGAAAAAGGAAUGUUUACGGAACAACAAGAGUGCUGCAGAAUAUCGUUAUCAGAUUUUUGAAUACCUGUUAUAUAUAGCUAUAUAUCGAAGUUUAAUUGUUUUAUUCACUCUGAGGCGUGCAAAUAAUUUUAUUGCAAUUUCUUUGAUAUAACCUGUGUUUAACAUUGUUUCAUUAUGAUCUAGGACGGCUAUUUGAUAAGUAACUUUUCACUCUGGAUGUGGGAGAUUUACGUGUUUUAAUAUAUUUACAAUUAAGCAUUGUAGUGUUUUUGCAUGGAAAUAAGAUAAUAUUUGCUACAUAGCUAUUUUUGAAAACUAGUUUAGAGACAAUGACUUUAUAGUGCUGAAGUGCAAGUUCGCUAACACAUAGGUCCUAAUGCCUUUUGGCGAUGUUAAAACUCUUGCAAUUCUUUCAAUAUUGCUUGUACAUCGUUGUUCAAAUUUUUCAUUAAACGGUAAUUAUUACUGCA